GGGAGCUUGGCAUAUCGCCCCUUGGUACCUAUUGUUAUUAUCCCCGCUUCGCCAGCGCCGGGACUUUCCCACUUGAACCCCGCCCCUUUUCCGUGGGUUGCGCCGCCCAUAAAUAGCCGGCCCGGGUCGUCAUCGGCAACCAGCGGUGAAAGGACGUCGCUCGUACGGAGGUUGAAGUGCCUCUGCUCCUUGGCUGCCUGCAGAAGCGCCAAUUGUUGCUGCGCCACAGAAUCCCAGCGCCGCUGCCGUCGCCGCGAUGGCUCAACUGACGAUCAAGGCCUACCUGCUGGGCAAGGAGGAGACCACCCGCGAGAUCCGGCGCUUCGCCGUCGACCUUCCCGCCCGCUACCAGCCGAUAAGGGACAAGGUCGCCGAGCUUUUCCAGGGGCUGCUCCGCAAUUCUGCCGCUGCCACGGGAGCCUUUCAGAUGUACUAUAAGGGUCAGAGACCAACUGCUGGAGAGAUGGAGAGAAUUCUGGAAAAGUUAUCCAAUAUGGACAAGAAACUGGAUGAUUUGCAAAGAGGCCAAACGGAAAUAAGAGCAGAAAUUGUGACUAUCCAAAAGGAUUUAAAGGAUACUCAACAAGUCUCAGCAGAAAACAAGCAGAAAGUGGAAGGUCUGGAGGGUGAGAUGCGGGCAGUGCAGAAAAGAGAGGAGACGACAGAUGAAGAUGGUGAUAUGAUUGCUUUUUCCAGUGAUGAGGAAUUGAAGUUGGUUCCACCCUCUGUGAAAGCUGGAGUUUUUCGGAUUUAUGUUAAAGAAAAAAAGGAGCUUAAGCAUGUGAACCGUCAUUCCUGCAACAAGGAGCAUUCUCUAAACCUUGUGCAUCCUAAUGUGAUCUGCGAUAGUUGUGAGGGCCCAGUUGUGGGUGCCAGAUUCAAAUGUGCAGUUUGUCCAGACUAUGACCUGUGCAGCACUUGUGAGGGAAAAGGUGUCCAUAAGGAGCAUAACAUGAUCAUGUUUCCAAGUCCAUUCCACCAGCUUGAGUGGCUCCUUCAAGGUCGCUGGCUUCGUAAAAUGAGACAUGAUGGUUGCACUUUUCCUUGGCUGCGCGGUAGGGGACACCCACGUUCUGCCCAUCAGCACCAGAAUUCUGGCCAGGCACAAGCUAGUACUUCUUCUCAAAGUGAUGCUCCGGAGCGUGAAACCACUAGCAAUGAAGCUCAAGAUGCCAGUGUCAACUUCCUGAAGAAUGUUGGAGAAAGUGUUGCUGCAUUCCUGGGUCCGCUUGGCAUUGAAGUGGAUAUUGAUGUAGAACAUGAGGGUCAGAGAAGCAAAGUAUCACCUGCACAACCUAGUUCUGAGAACAGCUGCCCCAAACCUAGCAGUCCUACUGAGCAGACCAAACCGGAAGCAAAUUCUGAAAAUAAUCUAGAGAUAAGUGAUGCUCUUGCAAACCAAAUGCAGGAGAUGAUAGUCUGUUCUCCACCUGCACAGAUGGAAGAAGAAAAUAUUUUGCCACAGGAACGAAGUGAAUCCAGUGGAAGUUCAGGAGGAGAUGAAGACUGGACCCAUUUAUCUUCCAAGGAAGUAGAUCCUUCAACUGGUGAAUUGCAGUCCUUACAAAUGCUAGAGGAAGACAGCCCAAAAUCUCUCAAUCCCAUUGAAGCUCCCACUAAUGCUGGACCAACAGGCUUGCGAGAAGCUGCAAUGUACCCUCAUCUUCCACCCGAGGCAGAUCCUCGUCUGAUUGAAUCCUUGUCCCAGAUGCUCUCGAUGGGAUUUUCUGAUACAGGAGGCUGGUUGACUCACCUACUGCAUUCCAAGAACUACGACAUUGGGGCAGCCCUGGAUGCUAUCCAGUAUGCCAAGCAACCGCCCGCUUCCAAAUAGCUCUUGUAUAACUUGUAGUUCUUAACACACAUUGUUAAAACCUCUUUUUAUACCUUUUUCCUUUCUGUAAUGAUCUGAUUGUAAUUCCAUAUUCAUAGAUAUCAUAAUCAUGCUAACUUUCCAAAUUUAGUUCUUUUUUAUGCACUGGGUAAGGGUUAAUAUUUACACAAUAGAACUAGUUUAAAGUUAUGACAGGUGGUCUUUUACCUUCAAGUUGUGGCAAUGACAGAGUCAGAGUACAAGGCUAUUUUGCUUUCACAUUGGUGGAUCUUCCAUGUUUAGUCACCAUCAUGGAGCCAUGUGGUUGUUAGAAAUUUUAUUUUAGUGCUUAAUUUUUAAUUUAGUACUUAAGUUUGUUUAAUUAGAGGUAUAUCAAUUUUUUAAAAAUAGACACCAGUAAAUGAUGUUAGCUUUUCUAAGCUAUCACUUGUUCAAAGAUUUGAUUUUUGUAAAAAGCCUUUGCUUUCCAUGCCUCUUUAUCAAAAAUAAUGGCCCCAUUAAAAAUAUAGCACAG